AAUUUCAAGGCUCUCUGCAAAGGCGAAUUCUAAACCACGUCACUCCAAGCGUAUAUCAGCAUUUCGAAGGAUGUCGGCCUCGCUAGCGCCAGAAUGCAAUGAGGUCAAGGAAAAGUAUGAUACAUGUUUUCUGAAAUGGUACUCGGAAAGUACGAUAUUGGUCCAAUUAUACACAGCUAGCAGCACAUCAGGAUUGACUCUUUUGCAGAAUAUCUUCGGGGGCACUCCUCAACGGACGAGUGUGAACCACUUUUCAAGCAAUACAAGUCCUGUUUAUCGGUACGCACUUGAGUUGAGAUUUCGUGCCAUCGACCAGCUAAUCAUCCAGCAGAAAGCUCUCAAGGACAAAGGCGUCGACACGAUGCUUGCUGAAGCUCGUGAGAACACCGUCCCAGAGACUGACGCAGAACAUAUGCGUCGAUGAUAAGGAGGUUGAGGCAACCACUUUUGUAUCAGCACUCGAAGCCAUCGAUAGUGCCACCAGCAAGCGAGGUAUCUGUUUGAUGCCUGUUCUCAUCUUCGGACAACGAGAUCACUUCUCAGAACCCAUUUUUCGCCACUCUUCACAUCCUUGCCUUCGUGGAAUAGGCAGUCUUCACCAUGCUUAUGGAGUAGAGCCAUCCCAGCCUCAAGUCCAACCACUGUAGGCUCAGGUGUUUGCUCACCUUUUUU